AUGUGUGAUCAAAGGGCAAGAAUGUUGCAAGAUCAAUUUAGGGUUAGUGUAAAUCAUGUACAUGCUCUGGGUGUUCUGGUGUCGACUUUUCAUUAUUACACGAACCCAUCAGUAAUCGAUCAGGAAACAUUUGCAGAAUACACAGCAAGAACAGCAUUCGAGCGACCUUUGUUGAGUGGAGUUGCAUAUGCACAAAGGGUAAUGAAUUACGAGAGAGAAGACCUUCAGAGACAACAUGAUGGGACCAUAAGAACAAUGACGAAAGAGCCCUCCCCAUUUCAUGACGAAUAUGCCCCUGUAAUUUUCGCUCAAGAAACAGUUUCCUAUCUUAAAUUGGUAGAUAUGAUGUCUGGCGAGGAGGACAAAGAGAACAUAUUGAGGGCUAGACCAACUGGGAAAUACGUGCUCACAAGCCCUUUCAAGCUUCUGGGUUCUAAUCAUCUAGGGGUAGUUUUGACAUUUCCUGUGUACAAAUCAAAGCUUCCACCAAAUGCAUCUGUUCAAGAACGCAUCGCAGCUAUUGCCGGGAAGUGGAACAAGAACUGAAUACAUGGGAAGGUUGUGGGUUACAUCUUUCUUUAAACGAAAUCUUUAUAGCUUUGCAGGCAGUGACAGUUUUACCUGAUUCAAUGGCAAUCUCAGCCAGGAAAAAAAUGGCGAUUUGGAUUUCGCUGCAAUAGUUCUAGCUCAGGCUUGAUGUGUGUUGGGUAAGAAAACUCUUAUUCUAAGAAUUAACCUUCAUAUAAUAUAACAUGUCGAAUACCUUACGUGUACGUUGACUUGGACAACUUUUGUGAUGCGUUGAUCUCCAUUAAACAAGACCACAACUACUCAUGGCUGAUAAGUGAACAAAACCACACUCUUGAGAAUAUGCAGCUUACCCUGCUCCAUGGCUCUAUCUUUUAUGAAUAAUUUGUGAUGAGUCAUUGGUCUAUCUUUUUCUCGGUGGAGAAGAACACCAUGACACCUGCGAUGGAACCCUUAGCAGUUUGUUUGCAGUUGUCCAAAUAAUAUCAUUUUUAUUUUUGGAACCCUUAGCAGUUUGUUUACAGUUGUUCAAAUAAUAUCAUUUUUACUAAAAUAGACUAUUGG